AAAGGUAUUUCAAGCUGAAUACUUUCAUCUAGGUCAGAAUGGCUUGGUAGGGUGAGCAUGGAGAUGGUCAGCUUUAUAUAAGGAUCACUUAGGGUACGGAGAGAGAAUACACCUGUCUUUAACCGAUUAACGUUUACUGCUUUGUCGGAGUGCGUCUUAACUAAGUGAAAAAAUGAAGGCUGCACUGUGUUUACUCUUGGGAAUUGUAGCUGUAGCUCUAGCUUUUCCUCAAAAAGAAGGUGGAGCGUAUACAAAUGAAGCUAUAAGGCAGGCUCAAAACACGCAACUCAUCCCAAAGGAUGCACAAAUUCAGAAGGUUGAAGAGGGCAUUGAAAUUGGCGCCUAUGAAGGAAUUCCUGGAAGCCAAAGAGUAAAUCUUUUCGAAAUCUUAGGAGAUCAAUUUCCCUCAGAAGUUGUGAACAAUCUCCAACAACAGAUCGAUCAAGUUGGCAAAAACUAGAUAUUUAUUUUUGUAUGCAUACUUCGUGAUAUUGUUUUUUAUUUUCCUUUGAUUCUACCUUUCUUUUAAUGUAUAGCUAUUUCUUGUCUUUGAAGUUGUAGCAAUUUUCUGUACCCUUUCCCUGCAAUUCUUCCUUUUCGAAGUGCCAAGUUCAUUUCACUCUUUUGUACAUAGGAAUUUCGAAUGAAUGUGAUUUUUUAAUAAAAUUUUAUGUAUA